AUGUAUUGUGAGGUUUAUAUGAAGAAGAGACCAUUACCAAAGAAGCCUAAACCCUAUAGGAUCAAUUUAUUGCUUGAACUAGCUGUUAGUGGAUGGAAUAUGAUAAGGGCAGCUGUAAUUAAAAAGUUCAGAGAGUGUAAGGAUAUUGAGGUAAGAUAUCUACUAGAUCUUUUAGAUAACAUUACUCCAUUGGCUUUAGACUUCUAUCCUGUGAUAUUUUGGAGUGGACAUUGGCCAGCAUAUAUGGAUGCACUGUUUCGUGCUUGGACUCUCUUUUUCAG